AUGGACGGCGACGAGGUUAUUGCCUCGGUCUACCGAAAGAUCGAGCGGGAGAAGGCCCUCAUCGCCGCCGCCAGCAACAUGCGGCAGUCUACCGACAAUCCCCUCGUGCAACAACGUGUCGAUGCCAACAUCCGUGAUGGCCGCAAAAAUAUCGCUUACCUCGAAGAGAAAAUGCGAGAGCUCCAGGUCCGUUAUACAUCCAAUGAGGGUGGCUCGCCCCAUGGUCAACGCCAUGCGCCCGGCUCUGGUCCUCUUCCCCGCCCAAAGACGGCAGCGGAUACUUGGGCGAUGGCGAUGGUGAUGCCUACGGAUACACUCAGGGAGGUACCGGCUCGAUGCCUUCCGGCGCUCCAUUCCCAGACCCCCGGCCUUACGCUCCCAUUCCGAAGGCGCGGCCCAACUACACAAAGCUUGGUACGUUCGGUUGAUCCCCAUCGUCCUGAUCUGGACUAUAUUACUCUACAUCUUAUCAAAUAUGAUACUCCGUAUCUCGGCCCGAAGAUUCAGCUCAUGCUUUCUCAGCUCGAGUUCAAAUUGAGUGUGGAGAAGCAAUACAAGGCUGGCAUCGAGAAAAUGGUCCGCUUGUACCAGGAUGAGGGCGAUCGCAAGAGUCGUGCCGAUGCAGAGGGUCGCCGCAUUGAAAGUAACCAGAAGAUUCAGUUGCUCAAGCAGGCUCUGAAGCGAUACGAGGAUCUCCACGUUGAUAUUGAGUCUUCCGAUGCUAAUGAUGACGAGAGUCUAAGCAGUCCCGACAUGCGCAAACCACUGACCGGUCUUCUCACUAUGCGCAUUCACGCGGUGAAGGAUGUCGAUCACGCCGCCAGCUCCCGCUUCUCCCGUGGCCCCGAGACAUAUGUCAUUGUCAAGGUGGAAGAUACGAUUAAGGCGAGGACAAAAGCGACUAGGACCGACAAAUGGCUGGACGAAUCGUUCUCCAUCGAUAUCGAUAAGGCGAACGAGAUCGAGCUUACUGUUUACGACAAAUCUGGAGAUCGCCCCACCCCUAUCGGUAUGCUGUGGGUGCGCAUUUCCGAUAUUGCGGAGGAGAUGCGUCGCAAGAAGAUUGAGACAGAGUUGAACGCUUCUGGAUGGGUGUCUGCCGACAAGAUGGAGAACUCUGGCGGCAAUCGAUCUGACCAUCUCGGAUCCCCUCAAGGCUCCUCUCACGGUGCCAGCCACGGGGCAAUGGGGCCCACUUCAGGGCCUCAGGGGAGGAGACAACCCGAAUGCGCCCCCGACUCUUUGGUAGAGUGCAAAUCACCUAUAGAAGCACUACGAAACAUGCUGACAUCUCAUAUAGCCAAGCAACUCAAGGAUCGUCGGCCCUUCGACAUUGGUCUCAACCGUCAGGGUGCCGUGCGCCAGAAGAAGGAAGAGGUUCACGAGAAGCAGGGUCACAAAUUCGUCACCCAGCAGUUCUACAACAUCAUGCGCUGCGCUCUUUGUGGAGAGUUCCUCAAGUACGCUACGGGCAUGCAAUGUGCGGACUGCAAAUAUACCUGCCAUCGCAAAUGCUACCCCAAGGUGGUCACCAAAUGUAUCAGUAAAGCCAAUUACGAGACCGACCCCGACGAAGAGAAGAUUAACCACCGCAUUCCUCAUCGAUUCGAGGGUUUCUCCAAUCUUUCCGCCAACUGGUGCUGCCACUGCGGCUACCUGCUCCCCUUCGGGCGCAAGAACGCAAAGCGAUGUACCGAAUGUGGGCUUACUUCUCACGCUCAUUGCACGCAUCUGGUGCCCGAUUUCUGUGGCAUGUCGAUGGAGGCGGCGAAUCAGAUCCUGGAGACCCUAAUUCGCACGAGGCAUCACAUCAAUACAACUUCUGUCAGUACCGGUCUCAGCAACCGUACCCUUCGACCAGGCGGUCCGCCGCAACCCCCGCAAGACAAUGCCGCCCCUUCCUACCCCCCAAAACCCAAAGAAGGUCCCUAUGGGGCACUUCCCAGACAACCCUCUGCAGAUGCGAUAAGCGCUGCGACUAACUCCUUAAAGACUUCACAGUCACCAACGGCUGGGCAACAAGCUGCUCGCCACGCAUUGCCUCCGAAGCCAGCUCUCGGACCCGCAGAGACGGCGGCUGAAGUGGCAAUUAACCUGCGUAGCCCUACACAGCAGACAUCGGGUAUGUACUCUCUGCGAUGCGGUUUUUUCCAGGCACUAACAUUCACGAUCUAG